CAUAAAUUCCUAUACUUGCUUUUGUGACUCAAGCAAUCAGUUAAAAGUUGAGUUCACACAGCUGGAACAUUCUCACACCAACUAAUACUGGAAAUACACAGUAAGAAGUAGCUGAAAAAAAUGGGGAUUUCAGUUCCCAUUCUCGCCAUCGCCAUCUCUCUGCACCUCAUUGCCUUCGUGCUCGCCGUCGGCGCCGAACGACGCCGUAGCACGGCGACGGUGAAGCCAGAUGAGUACGACGAGAGAACCUACUGCGCGUACGACACCGACGCAUCGACGGUGUACGGGCUGGCGGCGUUUGGACUGCUGCUGAUUGCGCAGGCGUUGAUUCACGGCGUUACCAAGUGUUUCUGCUUCGGGAGAGGGAUGAUGGGCGGCCGCCGCUCUACUACUCGCGCGGUCGUCUUCUUUGUUCUCUCAUGGGUCAUCUUUCUAGCUGCGGAGGCAUGCUUGCUGGCAGGAUCAGCUCGGAAUGCUUACCACACGAAAUAUCGAGCAAUUUUUCACGUAGAGCACUUAUCUUGUGCCACUCUUCGUAAGGGUGUGUUUGCUGCAGGUGCUGCCUUAACAUUGUUAGCAGUGACGGCAACCACUUUUUACUAUUGGAUGCACACCAAGGCUGAUACUGGUGGAUGGGAAAAGCAUCAAAAUGAAGGAGUCGGAUUAACCCCCUCACAUUUUGCCGAGAAUCAGCAUCAGAUGAAGACCGGUGAAUGAGACAGCGUAAUCUUUGAUUGUUAAACAAAGGUUUUAAGUACUGUUUGUCAUGUCUGAAAUGAUACAAAGAUGUCUGCACUGUAAUGUGCUAACUUAAGUGCAGUAUAUAAAUAUCUGUUGUAGAAUUUUAUUUUAUUUUUGUUACUUUUGAUCUCCUAUAAUUGAGCUGCGCAAAUUGCAAUUUAGAUUUA